AUGGCUGCGGAAUUUGUUGGUGGUGCUGUUUUGUCUUUCUUCCUUCAAAUGGCUUUCGACCGGUUGGCUUCUGGUGAAACUCUUCACUACUUUCAAAAGAUUGGAUUGAAUGAGACUCUGACUGGCUUCUCUGUUUGCUCUCAUCGAUCCCUUGCUCUUCUUGAUCAUUUUCUUCUUCCUACCAUGUCUGGUGCAGAUGUUGGCAUUGCCUUUAUGUCUGCCUUCCUUCAGGUGGCUUUUGACCGGUUGGCUACUGGAGAAACUCUUCGCUACUUCCAAAAGAGAGGAUUGAAUGAGACACUGGUGAAGAAAUUGAAGAUCAUGCUAAUAUCUGUGAACAGUGUAAUUGAUGAUGCUGAGUAUAAGCAGUUUAGUGAUCCAAAUGUGAGGGCCUGGCUUUUGGAGCUCAAAGACGCUGUGUACGAUGCUGAGGAUGUCUUGGAUGAGAUUAGCUAUGAACUCUACAAACGCAAGUUGGAAGCCGAAGCUGAACCUCAAACUAGUGUUACUAGCAAGGUACGCAAAUUCUUCAAUGCUUCUGCUACUUCAUUUGACCAGGAAAUUGAAUCAAGGAUGAAACAAGUCCUUGAAAGCCUUGAAUUUCUUGAGAGCAGAAGGAUUGGUUUGGGAUUAAACAAAGGUAAAGAUGGUGCUGUUGGGUCUGUCACAAAGCUGCCGACAACUUCUUUGGUGGAUGAAGUUGGAAUAUGUGGAAGGGAUAAAGACAAAGAUAUCAUCAUUAAGCAGUUGCAAAAUGACGGUCACUUUUCUGUGAUCUCUAUAGUCGGUAUGGGUGGAUUGGGCAAGACUACCCUUGCUCAGCUUGUUUAUAAUGAUAAAAGGGUUAAGAGUGAAUUUGACCUCAGACUUUGGGUUUGUGUUUCUGAUGACUUUGAUGUUUUGAAGUUAACAAAAAUAAUUUUCAAGAAAAUCAUGGCAUCUAACGAUGGGACAGAAGAUUUAGAUGCACUUCAAAAUAAGUUGAAGGAUUGGUCGUCUAAAAAAAAAAUUCUUAUUGUUCUUGAUGAUGUUUGGUGUGAUGAUUACGUAUUAUGGGAAGCUUUUUUAGCACCUUUCAUAGGUGGGAUUGUGGGAAGCAGAAUUCUUGUUACUUCACGCAAUGAGAAAGUUGCCUUAGCCUUCCCCUCUGAUGAAAUAUAUCACCCAAAUCACUUGUCAGAUGAAGAUGGUUGGUUGUUAUUUACAAAGUAUGCAUUUCGCAACUAUUGUCCACCAACGAAUUUUAAUCAUGAAGAAAUUGGAAGAAAGAUUGUUAAAAAGUGCAAAGGUUUGCCUUUGGCCUUGAAAACAAUUGGGAGUCUCUUGUACAGGAAAUCAUCUUGGGAAGAAUGGAACAACAUUUUGAGAAGUGAGAUAUGGAACAUUUCUUAUAAUAAUAUUCUUCCUGCUUUGAUAUUGAGCUAUCAUUAUCUCCCUUCUCAUCUAAAGCGAUGCUUUGCUUAUUGUUCAUUAUUCCCAAAGGAUUAUGAAUUUGGCAAGAAGGAGUUAAUUCUAUUGUGGAUGGCUCAUAAUUUCUUACAAGCCUCUCAAUCAAAUAAGUCAAUUGAAGAAGUAGGCAACGAAUACUUCCAAGAGCUUGUGUCAAGAUCCUUUUUUCAGAAGUCUUCUGGAAAUGAAGCAUAUUUUGUCAUGCAUGACAUUCUCAAUGAUUUGGCAAAUUUUGUAUCUGGUGAGCUUUGUUUCAAGCAAGAGGUUAAAGAGGUGGCAUAUAAUUUAGAAAAAACCCGUCACUUAUCUUUUUUGUGUCAUGAAUACAGAGAAUAUAGAUGGUUGAGAAUUUGCAAAAAAUAAAAAAAUUACAAACAUUCUUGCCUCUUUUGAAUAAGUGGGGUUUCAAGUGGACUUCGAGGGACCUAAUAUUUGAUCAGUUGUGUAAGUGCAAAUGUUUGCGAGUUU